GUAAAAGGCAUUCAAACUUACUUAGCAAGGCGCUCGGCAGUGGAAGUCUUUCCGUCAGCCGCUCGGAUCAGGAAAUAGCCUUGCGAGAAUUCCCCUUUUGCGAAGGGCGGUGCUACGAGGGUCUUCGCUGGAUAUCCCCGGGGUUGUUCCUGAGAUCAGAGCAUUCCACCAACGUUCAGAAUGGCAUCGUGGAAUGCAAAUAAAAGCAUCCAGAAUUCCACUGGACAAAUUGUGAACCCUGACCUUGACAUUGAAAGGAAAACAGCUUCCUUCAGUGUCGAACGACUGACCAAUAUACUGGAUGGAGGUGCUGAAAAGACACAGAUGAGGAGGACAGUAGAUGCCAUGAUCCAGAGUGAUCCGGUGUUCAGCCUAGAAAACCAGUACUUCAUGAGCCAGAACGAAAGAUACGAAGAUGCUGUCAGGAAGUCCGUUCACCUCUCAAAGAAGGCGGCCGAAAUGGGAUGGGAGGCAGGCGGACCUGAACUGGGUUACUGCCACAGGGCCCUUCAUGCCAACCUGGCAUUCAACGUCCACGUGGUCUUUGUUAAGAGCCUUAUGGGGUUAGCCACAGACGAACAGCUCGCCAAGUGGCUCCCUUUGGCAGAAAAAUUUUACAUCGUAGGCACCUAUGCCCAGACCGAAUUGGGUCACGGAACUUACCUUCGGGGAUUGGAGACAACAGCCACCUUUGAUGCUGCUACACAGGAGUUUGUUCUCAACACGCCAAGCAUCUCUGCCAUGAAGUGGUGGCCGGGAGAUUUAGGACGAACAGCGACUCACGCUGUGGUCUUUGCUCAGCUUUACCUGAAAGGAAAGUCCUAUGGCAUGCAUCCCUUCAUGGUGCAGGUCCGCAGCCUCCGAGAUCAUUCUCUGGAACCAGGAGUAACUGCAGGGGAUAUUGGUCCCAAAAUGAGCUUUGAAAAUGUUGACAAUGGCUUUCUCUUGCUGAAGAAUGUUCGUAUUCCGAGGGAAAACAUGCUGGCCAAGUUCUCUCAGGUCCUGCCAGAUGGCCGGUAUAUGAAAAAAGGAUCUGCAAAAAUUAACUACCUUACUAUGAUUGUGGUCCGUGUCUUCAUGCUUCAAAAUGAAAUUGUCCCCAAUCUGAUGAAGGCAUGCACCAUCGCAAUCCGAUAUUCCGCAGUGCGCCGGCAGUCUGAGUUGAAGCCCGGUGACCGCGAGGCAAAGAUUCUUGACUAUCAGACCCAGCAACAGAAGCUUCUUCCUCAGCUGGCAACCGCCUAUGCCUUUUUCUUUGUUGCUAAUUAUCUGCGGGACUUCUUUGACAGGGGCUACAUGGAAACCAAAGAAGGAAAGUUUGACUUGCUCCCUGAGCUUCAUGCUCUUGCUGCAGGAAUUAAAGUCAUCGCUACAGACUACUGCUCGGCCGGAGUCGAGAUUUGUCGGAAGGCCUGUGGGGGGCAUGGCUACUCUCUUCUCAGCGGCCUGCCUUCCUUAUACACCAGGCAGGUGGCUGGUUGCACCUAUGAGGGGGAAAACACUGUCCUCCUCCUGCAGACAGCCAGGUUUCUGAUAAAGUGCCUUGGGAUGGCACAAAGCGGCCAGCCUCUUCCUUCAUCAGUUGCUUACCUGACUUCUGAAAGCUUUGGGAAAUGCCAAGCCCAGGAAAAGAGAGACUUCCUGAAUCCUGACGUUUACACUGAAGCUUAUAGGCACAGAGCAUUCAGAGUUGCAAGAAACGCAGCUGUCAAACUCCAGGGUUUUGUUCAGCAGGGAAUGGCACAGCACGACGCUUGGAACAGGUGCUCUGUCCAACUUGCCCAGGCUGCCAUGGCUCACAGCCAAUACAUCGUGGUGGAAAAAUUUGUCAAAGCGUUGGAGACAUUUGGAAAAGAGGCUGCCAUCCAGAGGGUCCUUAAGCAUCUCUGCGACCUCUAUGCCCUGCAUGGGAUUUUCUCUGACUUGGGAGACUUUGUGCAGGAUGGCUACCUUUCUACAAAGCAAACUGACAUGGUGACCGAAUCGUACCUGGAUCUCCUGGCUGUCGUUCGGAAAGAUGCUGUGCCCUUAGUGGAUGCAUUUGAUUUCUCGGAUGCAAAUUUAAAUUCAGCCCUUGGCUGCUAUGACGGUCAAGCCUAUCAGAGGCUUUACGAGUGGGCCAAGAAGUCGCCAACCAACCAUCAGGACAACCGGAUCUUCGAGACGUAUUUGAAGCCACUUUUCCGGAACGCCCUGUCCAAGCUGUGAAAGGAGGAAGUGAAUUAGAGAGGCAGCUCCUUUCUCCCCCGCUGCUGCUCUCAAAGCAACAGCAACAUUUAUUGAUUAAUGUAAACCCAUAAAAUGUAGUGGCCGACUGCCUUUUGAGUCUUGUCCAUCAAAACAUUCUCUUGAGUUUUCCCCGCAAGCGGAAGGCAGCCAGCGAAUCUGAACAAUUUGCUUUGGCGAUGGGGUGAUGCCUUUUUAACUUCACCAAAUAAGCCAAGUUUUAUUUUAUUUCACUGUGCACAGCAGCCCUUGCUGACAAGGUUAUGUGCCAGCCCAGGACACUGGAAUUACUGCCAUGAGAUCAGUCCACCAGCCAUUUUAGGGCUGGGAUUGGGGAACCUGUGGCCCUCCAGAUACGGCUGAACUACAGCUCCCAUCACCCUUGACCAUUGGUCAUGCUGACCAGAGCUAGGAGGAGCGCCACAAUUCCCUCCCUUGCUUUAGGAUCCAGACCAGGACCAAGGGAGUAGCAGUUGUUGUACAGAACCCCCUAUAGCAACUUUAUCGAUCGCAGAAUUCUGGUGAUGGCAGAAGGGAUUGCUAUGGCUUUUCUCAGGGCCUGGCCACACCCACCUGUCACUCACUUGAUGUCAUAUGACCUCAGGGAAAGCCGCAGCUGCAAAGGAGCAAUUGGGAGCAUUAGAUUGGGGCUCCCAGUUGUUCCUUUUGCAAGCAAGUUUGCAAUGUAAAUCUGGAGCGGAAUGCAAACUGCACCAUUUCAGCCAGGUCAGAUGCCAUACGAUUUCAGGUGACUGGCAGCGGGGCAUGCUUGCCCACCUAGGGCUGGCUGCAACUUGAGCCAACCGAAAAUGAUUUCGCCCCCUUUUCUAACACACGCGUUUCCUGUGUGGAAAUUCGCCUGCACUAAUGUAAGCAGAGGCAUGGAAUGGUCCAUGAUGAUGAUUCUUGUUUUUAAUACUUUCAGGGAAACGUACCUAUUCUCCAAGUGCCUAAACUGUAAAAAAAGAAAAAGAAACUCGGCAAGAUGCCUUUAAGAACCAUCAGACCCUUAGGAUGUAAUUGUAGGUCUCUCAAACCCACCUCGCAACCUCUAAUUUAAAACCUCACUGUGGUGACAGAGCUUGCACUAAAUUGAAAAACCUGCGCAGAAAAGACAGGGGUAUAGAUGUUUUAAAUUAAUUCCACACAGGCACCAGGCUAGCAGAAACACGCAAAGCUGAAAUUAAGCUAAUGAUCGAGUUCAACCUGCGUUGCUUCCAUUUAAUCAGCUUGCGAGAGUGUGCAAUUUAGGAAGAGCA